AUGCUAAAGCAACUACUUCAAGGGCAAGCUGAUGGGGUAGUGGACACAAGCAAGAAGCUAGCUGAAAUAAACUCUAAGAUCGAGAACCUCAACACAAGGGUUUACUCUCUGGAGAAUCAUGCUUCUUCUGUUGCUGCUGCUACAAAGCAAGGACAACUACCUGGUAAAGCUAUUCAGAACCCCAAGGAACAGUGCAAGGUCAUCUUCACUCAAGAAGGACUUGUUGAAGAGGAGGAUCAAGAAAGGGUCAUUGAAGAUUUUUGUUUACUGCUGAAUGAUGAAGAGAUUGUUGCUGCUGAGGCUCCUGGAGUCCAGAUUGAUCAACCAGAAGUGCAUGCACCUACUGUGGCCAUUCACACUUCACCAGUUGAGCUCGCACGACAAGCUCGAUCGGCAGCUCGAUCGAGUCCAACUCUAGCUCGAUCGAGUCCGACCGACAGCCUGUUUUGCUUGAUCCUUAUCAACCGGUUGCCGCUUCCUCGUCUCGCCUACUUAGUCAAGGUCACAAGGAAGUGA